GAUUUCACGACUCACUUUGCGAUCCGUGGAUGGCUGAUCGGUAAACUUUCUAGAUAAGGAAUGGUGGUGGAGACGGAUCGUGAUCGUGGUUUCCUCACAGUCUCGGAGAAUGCGGGCUCCUAACCACACCGAAGAAAUGGAAUAGAACGCAGAUGAGACCAUCAGAAAUCGGGUUGCGGCGCCAAAGAGAUGAUCAUGCAUCUCCGGCGGCAUCCGAUGAUGGAGGAAAUCAAGGGUUCUUUCACCAAACCAUAGACGCCUCACCAGCUGGUCCAACGAAAAAUCUUGGCCCCGCGUCGCCGCCAAACACCGUCGAAUUCUUGCAACUGACUCUCACCUCGCUCACCCAUACCAACAGUGACUCGUAUUCAUGACAGGCCGCACCCAAAACUUGAUCCGCGCGACUCUAAACCAUCAUCCAAAAGCCAAAGACCGAGCACAAUGGGCGCAGCAGGCACCAACGACCCCUCUCAGUCGGACUCUGCGCCCCCCACCGCCGAUGCCCGCCACCUCAUCACCGUAAAAGAUACGCCUUCAAGCGGCCUCGGAGUGUUCGCAACCUCCCCAAUACCACGCGCCACACGCAUCCUCUCCACGCCGCUCUUGCUCUCCCUCAAUGGCGGUGAAAAUCCCGCCGAGAUCCUCGCCGCCGUCAACAAGCUCAGUGCCGCCGACCGCGCCGCGUACCUCGCCCUUCACCCCUUUGCGCCCCCCGUGCGCAAGGACCUUGUCAAAAGGCACAUCGGCAAGCGGUGGGAGGCGCUAGAGCAAUGGGAGCGCGACGCUAUCGGCGUGUACGACGCGAACAGCUUCGAGGUUGGCGUAUAUGACCUACCAUCUCGAAUCAACCACUCGUGCAUCCCGAACGUGCACUACGAGUACAACCCUGCCAUCGAGCGGGGCACGUUCCACGCCGUCCGGGACAUUGCAGAGGGCGAAGAACUAUUCAUCUCGUACAUCAAUGGGGGUAGUCGAUUGAAGUCAUGGCGCCAGCCAAAGCUCGACAUGUGGGGCUUCGUGUGCCAGUGCGCUGCGUGCACUCCGGACGCCGAGGGCAAGAAGCGAGAAGCCAGGCGGAAGCAGAUGUUCGAGCUGGAUCAGAAGCUCGCGCGGCAGAGUGUGUAUGGGAACGAGAUGACGGCGUCGCAGGCGCUCAAGGCGGCGACGCAGCUGGCGGGGCUGCAGGUCGCGGAGGGGAUUGCGAAUAGAGAGCUCAGGACGAGUUAUCAUGAUGCUGCGCGGUACUGUCUGGAGCUGGGCAAUGCGAAGUUGGCGUUGCUGUGGGCGGAGAAGGAAUAUGCGCAUGAGAAGGUGUGUGUAGGGGAUGAUCAUCCGAUUUGUCAGGCGGUGGCUGCGAGAGUGGACUUGCUGAAGGAUAUUGGGGCUGGGAAGGCGGAGUUGACGAAGGAGCUGAUGGAGUGCUUUCACUGAUUAUACCCCUCUACAUUACCUGAUAUAAGUUUAACAGACUAAUGGAGUGAGCUUGCGAGUCGAUUCUAGAAGAACAGCCGAUAGCAAAGCGCAAAUGCACGACGGCUGCCGUGUGAAGAGGGCUUGACAGGAUGAGCCACGUAACUAGCUCCGUAGAAGCAACACCCAGAUGCAAGCAUAUAUGUUGACGAC